ACCUCCUACGUAUCAAAGAGGAGUCGGUGAAGUUGAAAUUUCGAAAAAUAAAUGAAUAAUAGAGAGGACAAAAACACCAAAUAAAAUUGAGAAUCGAAGAGAAUGAUGGAGGAAUCGGAGAAAGAAUCCAUAAGAGCAGCGUCAAAAGAGGUGGCUUGUCAGUUCAAAACCUUAAUCGAUGCUAAUGAUUUGGACUCUCUCAAGCAUCUGCAGCACAUCAUAUUGGGAAGGUUGCAGGACAGCAAUGCGGUCUUAUCUCAUUUUAAUGAGUACUCAGAACAUUGCUUUGCUGAGGUUUCUAGUGAUUUUUCAAGAAAUACACGUCUCUUGAAGUCUAUGAAGUCAGACCUUGAUUAUAUAUUUCAAAAGCUUAGGAGCAUGAAGGUAAAAAUUAUGGCUACAUAUCCAGAUGCAUUUCCGGAUGAAUUAAGUAGGGAAGAAUUUGACCAAAGACCAGAUCUAGAAGUGCCUCAGUAGCUUAACUUGUCUUGAUUGUUUUCUUUUACAUAUGCUAUUAUGAUAGUUACCGCACAUUGAUUGUAUCUGUAAAGGAAAGAGAAAUGAAAACUAGAGAAAACAUGCGGUUGGUUAUAUCAGCAAAAGAAAGAAAAAUGAAAACUAGAGAAAACAUGUUUUAUAAAUCUGUUAUGCAUUUAAGCGUUAUUUAUUUUUGUUUGAAAACACUUACAGUAGUAUGUGAUUUAGGAAUAAUUUGUGAA